AUGGAUGACUAUAAAGUCAGUGGCCCCUUUGGCCAGGAUCAAGAUGAAGUCACGGACCACCCCGCCAUCAGAAAUCGCCUUACCUGCUAUUACUCCUCGGAUCAACCCUCUGGCUAUCGCUCGGAUGAAUUGCCAUCUGAAGGAUCCAGUCCUCGUAAUUCGGUUCGUGACAAUCGCAGGAAGCUUCGCCCUUCACAUUCACCACGUCAGUCUCAGCACAAAAUCAUCCUCGGAUCAAUAUCGCCCUCUGUAUCGUCACCGUCUAACCAGAGUGGGUGGUCAAUCCUCGAUGCCAAUGCCUUCGAAUGCGACUGGGAUCUUCCCAAUCUUCUUAUAGAGCUUCUCGGUGUUCAUUCCGGCUCGUCUCAGUCGGGCUAUCCCACGGCUCCUAUGGAUGUAAUCGAUAUAGAAAAGGGACUUUUUGAUACACUAACAUUGACACGAUCUGAAAGCAGUGUUAAGGUGUCAACCUGUAGGGACUAUGUUGGAGAGAUGUACGGAGACGAAGGGAUUAGGCUUCUUCGCCAUAUUGUACGAGCUCUGGUGACUGAUGAUGGCACCUCUGAUGACAAUGACAUGGUUAUUAAGAUACGCCCGCUUUGCCUCUAUGUUCUGUUGCAGCCAUCGCUUGGCCACCUCUGGGACUUACUCCUGUGGGUAUGCUUGACAUUCCGUCGACAAGUGCUGGGAAAUGUCUGUUUAUCCACCGGGAUAAUCGAUGGGACUAAGGUGACUCUCAAGGAGUUAACUCAGUUGGACAGGCCAAAGAGCACUUAUUGCUGGCCCAGGCUCUUCAAAACCGCAGUCAUUGCCUCAGACCCUCGAAUUCAAUUCCGAGACGGAUUCUUCUUGGAGCUGAAUUUCUACCUGAUGCUUCAAUUAGCAGCAGUAGAGUACCCAGUCACAGUCAACUCUGGUCUGGUACUCAUGGGAUACUCAACCGCUCUCGUCCCUGUGCAGAAGGUGGAUCAUGAAUCAAUCCUUUGGCACCUGGAAACCGCGAACGAUGACUCCCAACUCAAAACCAAGGACCUAUUAGCCGUCCAGGGAAAGUGGAUGAUGAAAGCGAAGUUGAAGCACCUCCGAACGAAGACGGUCUUGCUGGGCUGGUGCCCAGAGGCAGUGGCACAAUUAGGAACGCGAAAUGUAAAUUCGGCCGUGGGAUGGACCGACGCGAGGCCCAGACAAACGACGUGGAGUUUCACUGGGGCAAACCUGCAGCUUCUAGCAACGACGGUAUCUCCGUUUCAGGUUGGGGUAGGCGCUAGUCUAGCCUUCGAGAGAAGAAUCAACACAGUACGAUUCAGCCCUGAGGGAAACUAUCUCAAGUGUCUGAACAACAGUGUAACGGAGCAAAUUAUCCUCUAUGAUGUAAGUGAAUCUAGAGCUUGGCUCGUUCCCUUGAUCAUCGUGUUCCAUCAAAUGCUCCUAGCAUACCACGAAAGAAUCCCAGACGGAGAAUCGAAAGGGACCGUCCCAAUAAUGGAGGUUCCGUUCGUCGAGGCCGAUCAAUCGUUGCGCCUCCUUCAAGGUAGUGGUUCAUGGGUGGUUGAAGGCUCCGGAAAUGACCAGCUGACUGUUCGGGAAUUAAUACUUGGCUUUUCUGUCAACAUGGCCAAAGCUCACUUGCGUGCCCCCAGACGAUCUAGCAUAUUUGGCUACGAGUUCAUGGACAUUGUUACAGAUUCUCCGAACAGUGAGCUCAAGAAAACACGCAUUGACAAACCAGGACUGGCGUGGUCAUCCUUGUUAAAUGAGAUCAGCUGUUUAUUCUGCUCUAAACUUGGGGAUGCUAUUGUUGGUUUAAAGUCUAGAGAUAUACAGUCGCCCUGCAAUCGGCUCCCUGAGGGCUUUGACUGGCUGGCGACGACGAUUCGCAGCUUGGAUAUUCUGCAUCACCGACAUGGAGGUAGGCCCAUGUGCGCCGUACGACGUCUUGCUAGCGGGCAGUACUGGUCCUUGACGGGGUCACCGUUCCAAAACUGUCACCACGGAAAUGGAAGUCAUGUAUCUUGCUGGGAUACGAACUCGCUGUUGCAGGAGAUCAGGGAUGCAAGAAUGCCUAAGCAGGAGCGUGAGAGAACGGAAGGUCUGCCUAACGGAGCAGUAGUUUUCGGCAGGAGAAGGAGGAUGUUGUUUUUCACUAUGCGGAGUUCAGACCCAAAGGUCGAAGAGGCAGUUCCAGGUCAAGUCAUUGAGCGCUCUGCUCCUAUAUUAAUGUUCAGAGCCAUAUCACACCAACAGCAUGAUAUCUCCAGGUCUGUCUCCUUCGAGACCUUAACCGAAGAUUAA